GUUAGAGCGUCGUACAAAAACCUGGGUGUGUGUGAGUGCUGCAGCUGGGACCUACUGCAGGUGCUGAGGGGGACGAUGUGAUCCAGCACAAUCACACACACACACACACACACACACACACACACACACACACACACACACACACACACACACAGUGUAGCAGUGGAAGCUACAAACUUUCAAGCACCACUGUACACCAACAAACACAUUGCUGAGAAUCAUAUGACUGGCAAAGAGGCUGUGAACCGACGUGAGUCCAGAUGAGAUGCUGAACUACUUCACCCUUGUUGUGUCUCAUGGCCUGGUCAAGGUGUCAUCUGCAAGGAACCUGUGGAAGAAUUAUUGUCUUUUUAGAUUUCCCUUUCCUACCAGCCUACAUGCCAGGCAUUAGACAUCACAGUAUACCCUGGUCAAGCAUCAAAGGAUUUUCAUCUGACAAUGCAAGUGUCAUGGUGGGCAAGAACAAUUCUGUACUUUCCCAUGUAAGACAAGCGCCAGGCUCCCAAGUAUUUGACCUUGGCUGUGUUUCCCAUAUUGCAAACCUCUGUGCCAACAGUCUUAUUAAGUCACUCCACCCACCAGUAGAAGAUCUGCUCAUUGAUACCUACUAUUAUUUUCAUGGAAGUUCCAAAAGAAGGGAGGAAUAUAAAGAGUUCCAGAUAUUCACAGGAGUCGACAUGGAGGAGGUUCUUAAACAUGUGUCAACAAGAUGGCUAUCGAUGGAAAGAUGUGUUGGUAGAACCCUCUCCCAGUGGCCAGCAUUACAAGCUUACUUUAACAGCAGUGAUGGCGAGGAAAAGUCUGGUCGUGUCAAACGAUGUGCAGAUGCCUGUGCAAGUGAAGAGAUGAAGCUCAUGUAUUACUUUCUCCAGUAUGCUCUCACAAAGUUGAAUAAGUUCAAUAUUUUCUUUCAGCCUGAUGACUGUCAUGUACUUGAGCUAGAGAAAGAAACAGAGGGUCCUUUGAAGGCUUACCUUCUGAACUUCAUGAAAGUGGAUGCUGUGAAUAUUGAUGACAUGUCAAAAGUAGAUUAUAAGUGUGAAGAACAGCAGAAAUCUGAUGAAUAUCUCACCAUUGGCAUACAAGCUUCCAGAUACUUAGAAUCCAUCAGUGAGGAGUGCGAUCCUGCAAUUAUUACUCGUUUCUAUAGGAGUGUAAGAGCUGCAUAUGUUGCUGCUGUGGAAAAGGUUUUAUUAAAGAAGUUUCCCUCUGGAAACCCAAUAUUGAAGUCAGUAAGAAUUCUGAAUCCAUUACACAGGACUGAUGUGACAGAAAGAGAAGUUCUGAAAGUUGCUGAGAAUUUCUUGAAAGAUGCCACUGAUGAACAACCUGAGGGUAUAGUAGAUGAUUGGAGAUUGUAUCAGACCAGCAACUCACUACCUCCAUUUACAGCUGCUGACACCAAAGUGGAUGAAUGGUGGGCCAGACUACUCUCAACAAAAGACAUUGCUGACCAGCAGACAUACAAGUACCUUGGAGACCUGAUAAAGAUCCGACUGAUUCUACCCUACAACCAGACACCUGUGGAAAGAGUCUUCAACAUGGUUGGCAAAACAGACACCAAAUUCAGACCAACCCUGAGUAAUGAGUCCUUGACAUCACUCUUGUGCUGCAAAAUAAACACAGAUAACACAUGCUAUGAGACCAAACCAAGUACCUCCUUGAUCUCUUUGGCUAAGAAAGCAACAGUCCAGUAUAAUACUGAGCAGUGUUGUAUAAAGUACUGGGAAAUCACACUCAAGUAAAAGUAUUGGUACCCUUCCAAAAAAUGACUUUGGUAAAAGUCUGUAGGUGUAAUUAAUGAUUAUGUGUAUUUAGGUUGGUAUAAGUGAUCAAUCUUUAAUAAUUAAAGGGAUUCAAUCCCAUUGAAUCGUUUAAUUUGACUCAGUCUCACUGAAUCGUUUGAAGUGAAUCAUCCAAAUGAAUCAUCCAACUGUAUCAUUCCAUUAAUCCUGGUGCUUAAUAACAAAUUACCAAACAGCUAAAUUAUGGUAUAUUCCAAAUUAUUAUUGAUCACUUACCAUAUUACACAAAUCAUCUGCACCUUUUUGAAUUCUUUGAGAGAUUGGGCAACUUCAAAAGUAUCGAAACUGCAGACAGACACCACACAAAAUUCCAAUAAUAGAGUUUAUUAUAACAAAGAUAAAAGUAAAAAUAAAAAGGGAAAAAGAAAAGAAAUUUGAAUAAUUGAAUGGCAG